GCCCCCUCCCCCUCACCGCCCGUUUCCCGCCGGCUGCAGCUCUCUCCCGCGCGUGCUCCUCCUGCCACACGGGCACGGCCGCGCUGCCCGCUUACGUUUCCGUGGCCUGCGACAGAAACGCUUGCUGUCAAAGCGCUGUUAGUAGCGACACACCAAUAAAGAAGCGUUAGUCAUUAAGCGCGACGCUUUUUAUUUCUAUAAAUCGGAGACAGCCCCAGCUCUCUGCCCGCCGGUUCGGGCGGUCCCUUUGGGGACAGCGCUCCGUCCCGUCCCUCUCAGGCCGCCCCCCGCCCCGCGAAAAGGAGAGAAGGGCACAAAGAAGGUCGCCGCCUCACCCACUCCGCGCCCCGCCGUAAAGCGCGCUGCUUUACGACGCGGCCGUCACGCGAGGCACUGCCCUUCCUCGCCACGGGCAGCCGGGAGCGCGCGGACCGUCGCCAUGGCAACGCGUCGGCGCCAUGGGUCCGAAAAAGCAAAAAAAGGUAGGUGGAAGCGUGCUCUGGUCAUCGCUUCGGGCCCCGCAGUGCUCACUGUGUGGUGCGCCAGGGCAGUUCUGUGCCCUGGGAACUCCGUGAGUACAGCGUCCUCGUGCUGAAACUGAAGAAAGAGUCCGUUACUUCUAGAUUCAACACAUCUAAAAACAGUAUUUUAAGGCCUUUGUUUAUUUUUUUGGUCACAAUAAAGCUGUUGUGACAACGUUAUCGUAUGCAAAUAUGUUUAAAAACGAAAAGGUUCAGGCUCAGCCUGCCAGAUGCAUGUUGUGGGCACUGAGCUCACACCAGGUUUGAGCUUUCUGAUAGCCUUUGUAUCCCAAGUCACAUCCAUGCAUUUAUUUAUCGCUGUGCAAACUGAUGUGAAUAGCUUUCCAACUAGUUAUGCAUGUCGCCUUCCCGGACUGAACCCUUGUAAGCACUUGUCUCUCACCAGUGGGGAUGUACAGUCCUAAUUUCGGUUCUCCAAAAUGAAACAUCCAGGGUAGAUGCCUGAACUGAUGAUGCAUCUUCUCCUCGCAUUGCCAUGUCUGCUGAACCCAUGCACGCUCCCCAUGCACGCUCCCUAUGUUCUCUGUUUUGAAAACUCAAACACGUGUUCUUUGAAUUUCUUUCACUUGCUUGUCAGCAGCAGAAUGCUGUUGUUCAACCAGUGCACACGUACCCCACCUGAUGCAAGUCAUUCCUUUUCCUUCCCAUCUUGUCUUUUGUCAUCUGCAGCUUUGCUUUCAACCAUAGCUUAGUCUGCUGACAUUCCUUGUUUUCUCCAAAUGCUGGAGUCUGUGCAGAAUAUGAUUUUCUUCCCCUCACCUAUACAAAAAUAAUAAUAAUAGCAAUCCCAGCCCCACUCAGACAACACUGCGGGCUGUGAAUUCAUUUUGCAGUACAAAGUCAGCCUCCUUGUUUUCACAAGUUCUGUGAAGUUGAUUUACUUCUCGGCCCAUCCUUCCUUUUCAUAGAAUGACUUGGGUUGAAGAGGACCUUAAAGAUCAUCUUGUUCCAUCAUCUCUCAUAGUAGUAGUCUCUUAUUGUUUUGAUUUGUGUGUGGUUUUCUUUGUUUGUGGUUACUGAUGGUGUUGUAUUGAGGCCUUGUCUUUGCAGCACCUACCUUCAGGAGCAGCACUCCUCCCCAGUGGCAUUUCACCCAUGUGGAAGCAAGCUGCACAUUACCCAUCCAGUGCUAUUGCAGCACUAACUGCUAACAAAUAAUACUUGAAGUUGUAACAUCUGCUUUCUUACCAGAUCUACUUAUUAUUCAAUUUCCAGAAAAAGGAAUUUUUCUGUAUUCAGGAAACCUAGCACAGAAUUAUAUGAGGGCUGCUCCGAAAGUAAUGCCUCCUGUUUUAUCAUUUUGGCCCACGACGUCAGGCAGAUGUUGCUUGUAUGGCAGCAGAAGUUAAACCUUCCUGUCAAUAUUCUAUCACAUUUUGUUGCCGUGUGACAGGUGGCAGCACAGGGACAGUUUGACAAAAUGGUGUCUGACAUGGAAGUGCAUGUGAAGCAAAGGGAUGGCACUGAAUUUGUCCAUGAAGAAAAAAUGGCACCCACUGACAUUCAUCAGCACUUGGUGAAUGUUUAUGGAGACCAGCGGUGGAUGUGAGCACAGAGAGGCAGUGUGUGGUGCAUUUCAGCAGUGGCAGCUAUGAUGUGAAAGAGAAGCCACGUUCGGGAUGGCCAUACACAGCUGGCACACCAUAAAACAAAGAGCAUCUCCAUUGGCUCAUCUGCACAAAUUGACAGAGUAUGAAACCAAGGAACUGUGCACAGAGCUAAAUAUCUGCUUCAGUGUGUUGAAAACAAUGGUGGCAGUGUUGAAAUAUUGCAGAGUUUGUGCCAGGUGGGUCCCACAAAUGCUCACACAGUAACAGAAAGAACAUUGUAUGCAAGUUUGUCAGGACCUACUGAACUAAUACAAGGCCAAAGAUUACUGUUUCCUGGAUCACAUCAUUACUGGUGACAACACGUGGUGUCACCACUACAAGCCAGAGUCAAAAUUACAGUUAAUGAAGUAGUGACAAGCGAAUUGCCUGUUGAAGAAAAAGUUCAAGAUGCAGCCCUUGGCAGGUAAAGUGAUAUGCACUGUCUUUUGGGAUAGGAACGAGGUGAUCCUUCUGGAUUUCCUGGAAUGUGGUCAAACCAUUGACUCUGACCACUGCAUCAAUCACAACACUGACUAAGCUGAAGGUUCGAACUUCCAGAGUCAGGACAGAGAAGAAGACAACCUUUCUUUUGCAAUGUGAUAAUGCCAGGCACCAUAGCAGUUGGAAGGCUGUGGAGUACACCGCCUAUCUUGGCUGGACUGUCCUAACGUACCCACCAUAUAGUCUGGAUUUGGUUCCUUCUGACUUUAUCUGUUCAGGCCAAUGAAAGAUGGAUUGUUUGGGCAACAUUUCCCUAGCAGCAAUGCCAUCACAGCAGCUGUGAAACAGUGGGUCUCCUCUGCUGGUGCAGAUUUUUUACGAGCACAGCGUGCAGCUCUUGUUCAUCGCUGGUGAAAAUGCAUAGCUAAUGGUAGGGACUGUGUUGAAGAAGUGUAGCUGAGAAUUUGCUGUAUCAAACAGUGUUAUUGUGGUCUUUGUAUCUAUUGUAGUUUCCAUGGAAAUAUAUGGGAGGCAAUGCUUUCAGAGCAACCUAUAGCUGUAAAAGCAUGCAUUACACCAUGAAAACAAGAAGAAAAAUGGAUUUGGGUGUAUAAUGACAUUCUGGAGGCUUCAAUGACUGAGUAGGAAGUCUAAAAUCUUUAUUCAGGGUUCACAUUAGAUGGGCAGAAUUAUAGAGGGUCAGUACCUUCCCAGAUGUAUUAAAAUAAUACUGACAUUUGGUUUCUUUUAAUUUAUUGCAAACAUUAAGUCCGGUGGAAAAAACAAAGUUGGCAAAGCUGAAAAACUGAGGUUACAGAAAGAAGAGGAGGAAAGGAGGCUGCAAGAGGAAGCUAAUAAGAAAAUAAUGUGUCUGGUUCUAAUAAGCAAAAUGUAAUGGUGCUCUUGAUGUAUUUCCCAAACUUCAGAGGAGGCCCGACUGCAAGCUGAACAAGAAGAAGCAGCUAGACUUGAAAAGGAGAGGAUUGAACGGGAGCGUAUGAAAAAGCUUGAGGCAAAAGAUCAAGAACGAAGGGAAGAUGAACUAGCCGAACUUAAUUCACUGCAAGAGAAGUUUGUGUGUGCACAAAGGUGGAAAACAGAAUAUAGAGCUUAUACAAAGUGGGAGCACUAUAUUGCUUGUGAUGGAAGUCCUGACCCAACUGUACUGCAGGAAAUAAAUACUUUCAUGAACUUAUGGCGUGAAGAUCAAAAUGAGGACAUUCAGUUUGUGAUGGAGAAGGGAGAACAGGUGCUAAAUUUAAUUGAGAAGCUGCAGUUUCUUUUGCUGGAUGUGCCACCAAGUGAGAUAACAGAAAAAGAAACAGCUCAAUACCAGGAAACGAUUCUGGAAUUGGAGAAUCUUCUUCAUCAGAAGUACAAUGAAGCAACAGAACACCUGCUUAAAUCUGCUAUUAUGUACGAAGAUUCUGACACCGGAAAUAUGCAGACAGUCAUAAAGGAUAAAAAUGUUACUUUCUGCAUUUGGGCCAAUCUGAAGAAGAAAGUAAGAUUCAAGAAUCAUGUCUUUUGUGACACACAUCAUGGAUUUGAUCUUCCAAAGUCGCUGGCUGUGAGCAGCAUUGCUGUUCGCAUAUUGCACACCCACUACGACCACGUAUCUCCACUUUGGCUGCAGUGUCAGAGAGUGCCAAGAUUGGAAGUCUUAGAUAGCCAAGAGUUAACUCAGCAUUCACAAGACAAUGCAGGAGAACCGGAAGAAGAGGAAAAGGAAGCCAAAGAGGAGCCCAACGUGACUGCUGAAGAAGAAACGCUUCCUGAUGAGAGAAAUAGUGCUAUUUCAUUUAGAGGAAAUACAAAUAGCAUAGCUGAUACAAAUGAGGUGACAGAAGAGGAAACUGAGAAGAAAUCAGAAAACUUGGAGGUAACACCAGAAGUUCAAAUUCCACAGAUGGAGGAAAAGACCAGUGAAGAAGAGGAGAUGAUAACUGAUGAAAGCACUGUUGAUUUGCAACAAUUUGUCCCCGUGGGUGGUGUGUACCGCAUCGAUGGACUGCAACUUCCACCUCAGGUCCAGCAAAUCAACAGCUGGUGUGUGGUGGAGUUACUCGAUGGUGGCUUGGAGGCAUACCCAUAUCCCCCACAAGAGUCUGAAGAUACCCCACAUCCACCAAUACAGAUAACACUUGGACUUCCUGACAGUGUGAUCUACUGGAAGGAACCAAUGAUAGCCCGGUGGGAUCCUGCAGGCAAACAGUGGAGAACAGAUGGCAUCAGCAACAUAACAUAUGAAACACAGGAGGGAAACAUCACUUUUGAGAUAGAUGCCUUUUAUACAAUAGCAUUUCUCCAGGACAUUCAUCUCAACAUGCCAUAUCAGGCAUGGGAAUUGCGACCCACCAGUACAGAUGAAGCAGUAUUUGUAAUUACUGCAGUCUUUGCAGAAGUUCAGAUACAAAUUAAGGGUAAUCAAUGUAUGCUGGCUGCAGUGGUGGUGGAAGAGAAGAAUGUGCUUUCCCAUUUGAUAGGAAAAUGGAUGUGCCCAGUCACCUUAAGAAGAGCUUUGAAGAAGUGUGGUCUGAAUAUUUUCCCAGAAGAGUAUUCUUACAAAUAUGUCUGUGUGAACCAAAAGGCUCCCAUAACAGAAUUUAGGGCAUAUCGACAAAUAGCCCUGGUUGCAUCUGCUUUUGCUUUUGGCUGGAGCAAAUGGAAUCUGGAAUCAGGUCAAGAUCAAGUAGUGUUCAAGGUAAGUGAGCAUCUUAAAGCAGAUUUUGUCAAAGAUGAAGACUGGUCUCUUUACAUGUUUAAUGGUCAGAGAGCACAGAAGCUCAAGAUCACUGAAGCCAGUGAAGCUUUUUCAAUGGAACUAGAAGAAGAUACUGAAUUUCACUCCACACUCUACCACAUGCUGAAAGACUUUGCCAGCAAAGAAGCAAUUGAUAAAGUGAAUACAGCUAACUUCCUCUUUGUUGAUGCUGUCUAUCAGCUGCUCCUCGCUACGAGAGUUUUAAUGUACUCUUAAAUACUUCAUGCUUUCAUUUAAAACUUUAUUAUCAAAAACUUUCAAUAAAGUCACAUUUCAAGU